UAGAGAGAAAAAUGUUGAGGAAAUAUAAUAAAAAAACAGGCGGCAGCUCGGAAAAGAUAAAAACGCAGCAUCGGCUAAUCAAAGUGCCACAUCACGCUUUUCGCGCAGCGCUACUCUCACUACCCCUUUUUGCCUUUAUUUUUUGCCGCUUGAUCAAUUAUUGCCAAUAUUACUCUAAUAGCUUUCUUAUUUUUUAUUUACUUCGGGAGAUUGUCUGUUAAUAAUUUUCUAUUUAGACUAACCUUCUGAUAAAAUCUUUAUGAGAUUAACUUUUAUAAUAUUGUUUAAAAUAUUUGUGUUAAUUUAUGCUGAUUCCUUAAAACAAUUAUUUGACCAGCCUAGAGAAGUAACAAUUAUUUCAACUAAAAAUGCUGAAAUACGCGUAAUUUCAAAUAAACAGAAUUUUUUUGUUAUGGGAGGUAUACUAGGACGCAUUGAUGAUCUUCUUCUGGAUAUCAAGCGUAAGACUGGCUUCUGGUUUAUUUUCAAAAACUAUGUGAGAGAGUUCUUCGGUGGAACUAAUUUGAAGAAAAUUUUGGAUGCAAUGAUGAUGGAUUUGCUUAAAUUGAAGGAGAACUUACGGAAAAGUCCGCCACACUAUAAAAAUAUCCGUAUUGAGCUCGGUCAACUCGAUGAAUUCGGAUUGAACAGAUUGGGUAAAAAUGGUGAGGGCAUCAAAUCACGAACAUUGGAUAAUUUUAGAGCAAUUAUUAACCCGUUGGUAAGUGAUAUAAAAAUGCAACUUAUAAUUGGCCAGUCAAUCACUAUAAAAGAAUUUGAAGGAAUUAAUAAAAAACUUGAAAAAGCAAUUUCAGAUCUUAAAGAUAAAUCUAAGAAAAUAAUAAAUGAAAAAAAUAUUAAAGGGAUAUUGGGUUUAAUUGGCAGAAACAUCACUGAAGCUCGGUUAAAUUUGUCGUCAAGAUAUAAAGAGAUUAAAUCUAAAAGAAUGGAGGCCUUGCCUCUGCGUUUCAGGCGAGGCUAUUUGGACCAAAUACUAAAAAGCAACAAUAUCGAUGAAGUUCAAUUGAUAAAACUGAGUAAUGAUGAAAUGAACAUAUGGCGUGCAAGGGCUAAAGAAGAUAAAGGAAGAUAUUCCGAUCGAAUAAAAAUUUUAUUAAAAUUUUUCAAGCAAAUAAAUGAUGCUAUUUCGCUAAUUGAAGCGGGCAUUGAGACUGCAAUGAAAUCACCAAAUCUAACGAAUAGUGUAAAACAAUUUGAACAAAACUAUUUAUACAUGAAAUUUGCACAAGUUCUUUUGAAGUUUCAUUAUAUCCUCAACAAACUCGUAUCAGCAAAAAUACUCGAGGAUGAUAACUUUCCAGAUGCAGGCGAGAUGUUGUAUGCUUGGGUAUUAAGAAGUGACGUUAUCGUUCCUUAUAUUGAACGCAUAAACGGGAAUUCAGGAUUGAAAACUUUUGAAGAUAAUCAAGGACAAGAGGAUAUUCAACAUUUGCUAUCACAAACACUCCACGUAUUUUGGGAAUUAAACAAACGGUAUAAAAUUCAGGAAAAGGUAAACAAUAUGUUAGGCACGUUUACACACGAUGUUGUAUUGUUAAAGACAAUGGAACUUCCACAUGUAAGUGAAAUUUUCUUUUAG